AUUGCAUAAUGUGUCAAAUAUUGAUGAGUGGCUUUUCCUGAAAUACUCCCAAUUAUAUAUUAUUUUAUAGCAUUAUCAUUUCAAGAAAAUUGAAUUUUGGAUGAAACUUGAACGAAUUCAGGUAAUACCUUUCGAUUCCGCGAACUGAGUUUCUAGCACUGGAGUUUCACCUCCGAGAAACGCUUGCGUUAGGUGAGGUGAUGCUGGGAAUUAUGAUCCAAGCUCCUCCCCCGUUUCACCUGCAAACAGUAAUUCUUGAAUUGGUCACUCUCGAACUGACCUGAUUCUCUGUCUCUGGCGUCCGAGGUGUUCCCUGCCAACUUCGUCUCGAGUUUCUGCUUUUAGCCAAAACGAUAUGAGAGUAAGGCGUUCCCGGAGAGCCUUUUCAUCUCUAUCCACGCCCAUUCCCAAGCUCAUCUCUCCACUCCAACUCAACCAUCUACUUCAAAUUUGCAGCAAUUCACAAGCACUGGAUAAAGGGAGGCGAGUUCACCAGCAGAUAAUACUACGCGGAUUGGGGCAUGACCAUUUCAUGGUCACCAAACUGGUCCAAAUGUAUGCCGGCUGUGACGAUUUCAGAUCAGCCCAUGUACUGUUCGACGAAUUGUCGCAACCAAAUGUGUUCGCUUGGACUGCGAUACUCGCAUUCUAUUCGAGAAAUGGAAUGCCCCGCGAGUGCAUUUGGACUUAUGGCGAAAUGCAAUUGAAGGGUAUUGUGCCCGACAAUUAUGUUUUUCCAAAGGUCCUCAGAGCUUGCGCUCAAUCCCUGUCUUUGGAAGCAGGGAUUCGAGUUCAUAGAGAUGUAAUUAUGUUUGGUUCUGAAUUUAAUAUACAAGUUUGCAAUUCAUUAAUUGAUAUGUAUGCGAAGUGUGGAGAUGUUUGGAGGGGUAGACGAGUUUUUGAUAUGAUGGUGAAAAGGGAUCUACUGUCAUGGAAUUCGAUGAUUUCUGGGUAUGUGUGUAAUGGGUUCCAUAGAUUGGCUGUGGAAUUGUUGAAUUCAAUGAUAUUGGAGGGUGUAGAGCCUGAUUUAGUCACUUGGAAUACGGUAAUGGAUGCUUAUUGCAGAAUCGGCCUCUGUGAUGAAGCUUGGAAAAUUUUUGAACAGAUUAAAGAGCCUAAUAUUAUCUCAUGGACCACUUUAAUCUCUGGUUAUUCAAGGAUUGAGAAGCAUGAAAUAUCCUUGGGGGUUUUCAGAGAAAUGAUGAAUAAAGGGGUAGUUUUUCCCGACCUGGAUUCUCUUUGUAGUGUCGUUGCCUCUAGCCGGCAUCUGGGUGCUCUAAGAAGUGGACAAGAAAUCCAUGCAUACGGGAUUAAAACCAAAAUCGGUUCUUUAUUCUAUGAUUUAGCAGGAGCUGCACUGUUGACAAUGUAUGCUAAGGCUAGGAGAAUCCGAGAUGCAAGAAAUGUGUUUGAACUGAUGGACAAAAAUGAUGUCGUUACUUGGAAUGCCAUGAUUCUCGGUUUUGUUGACGCCGGAUUUGGAGAUCAGGCUGUUGAAUGCUUUUGCAAAGUGCAAAGACUGGGCAUUAAGAAUGAUCAGAUUACAAUAUCAACUGUUUUGCCUGUAUGCAACUUGAAAUAUGGGAGGGAAAUUCAUGCGUAUAUCAUGAGGUACAAUUUUGAUUUGGUCAUUAUGGUUUGGAAUGCACUGAUUCACAUGUAUUCCAAAUGUGGGUGUGUUGGGGCUGCACACUCCGUGUUUUAUAAUAUGAAAGCCAAAGAUUUAGUAUCAUGGAACACAAUGAUUGGAGGGCUUGGCAUGCAUGGGCUUGGCCGAGCUGCUAUUCAGCUUCUGCAGGAGAUGAUCCACUCUGGCUUUUCCCCCAAUUAUGUGACUUUUACUUCCAUUUUGUCUGCCUGCAGUCACUCUGGUCUUGUGAACGAGGGGCUGGAACUGCUCAACAGUAUGACCAGAGACUAUGGCUUUGCACCAAAGAUGGAACAUUUCGCUUGCAUUGUUGAUUUGCUUGCACGUGCUGGUCGGCUUGAGGAUGCUGUUGAUUUUAUUAAAAGAAUGCCUCUAGAGCCUGACAAAUCUAUUUGGGGAACUAUGCUUGCUGCCAGUAGGGACCAACAAAAUGUAAUUGUUGGAAAGCUUGCAGCAGAACAUUUAUUCCACUUGGAACGUGAACAUGCUGGAAACUACGUGACGCUGUCAAAUUUAUAUGCAAGAGCUGGAAGGUGGGAUGAUGCAGUAGGAGUGAGGAAGCUAAUGGAAGGCAGAGGAUUGGCGAAGCCAUCAGGAUAUAGCUGGAUUGAAAGCAGGAACUAAGCAAAAAGAACCCAUUCUCAUACUUGCAGUUCUCCAUCUAAUGACAAACAAAACAGCAAUCGAAAUCCUUGAGCAGUUGCUGGAUAUCAAUAAUUAUACUGAUUCUUAAGUUGAAAAUUUUUGCGACUUCAACUUAUGGAGAAACAAGGGAAUCACCGUCUCACAUCAAUGUGCUUGGUGAUUGCUCAUGUCGAUCAAACUCUGAUCAAGUGAAGCGUUCUCAAGAGAUGGCACAAAACAUGUGCUUGUAGUUCCUCUUACUGCAGUAUAUUUUACACAGGAGAAAUGUAAAUUGUAUUAAGUUUUGAAACAUAAUACUGCUCUAUGUGAUGGGAACUGUUCUUAAUUUUGGAGAUGCAGCUUCUCCUAAUUUUUUCAACUUGGCAUUAAGCUUUUUUUGGCUUGUUACCCACGUUGAAGUUAUAGUCCAAAAAAUGCUUCAAUUUUUCUGUGCAAAUCUUACCUACCUAUAUGAAUGUAUAUGUACAUGUACAUAUUGUUUAUUAAAAAAAAAUAUGAGGGAAAAAUAUCAUUUUUUCUUGCA